GCAGGCACCCAUGGCGGGCUGAGUCCUACCCCAUGCCCUGGUGGCUUGGAAGCCUGCACGGGCGCUAUGCAAAGCCCAACGUUUUCCAGAGGGGCUUUUGGGCUCAUCACUGGCCUGGGGAGGGCUAGACGUGGGGUCCCCACAGCUCGCCCCACACCACGUUCACACCCACACCCAGCAGGUCCCCGUGGGGCCGGGGCAGGCUGUGGCCGCCCGCGCUGCGCUGUUGCUCUGUCCCAGCUGGCUGGCUCCUGGUGGGGAGCACUCUGGGCCCGGGCGGCUGGGGCGCGCGCAGUGGGGUGACCCGAGGCCUGGUUGCAGAAACGUUGCACCCGUGCCUGAGGUGGGAGGACGUGAUGACGCGCCCCACGCAGCGGGAACCCAGGCCUUUAAAAAGCCCAGGAAACAGCCUCAGCACAAGCGGUGGCUCCACUGGAGGAAAGCACACCCCGGUCUCACGUUCAAGAAGCCAGACUGUCGGCUUCAAAGAGAAAAGGCAACAUCCUGUCACAGGCCAUGCUCUGGCAAAAACCCACAGCUCCGGAACAAGCCCCGGCCCCGGCCCGGCCAUACCAGGGCGUCCGCGUGAAGGAGCCAGUGAAGGAACUGCUGAGGAGGAAGCGAGGCCACGCCAGCAGCGGGGCAGCACCUGCACCUACGGCGGUGGUGCUGCCCCAUCAGCCCCUGGCGACCUACACCACAGUGGGUCCUUCCUGCCUGGACAUGGAGGUCUCUGCAUCUACGGUGGCGGAGGAGGGUGCCCUGUGUGCUGGCUGGCUCUCCCAGCCCACCCCGGCCACCCUCCAGCCCCUGUCCCCAUGGACACCUUACACCGAGUAUGUGCCCCAUGAAGCUGUCAGCUGUCCCUACUCAGCUGACAUGUAUGUGCAGCCCGUGUGCCCCAGCUACACGGUGGUGGGGCCCUCCUCAGUGCUGACCUAUGCCUCUCCGCCACUCAUCACCAAUGUCACGACAAGAAGCUCCGCCACGCCCACAGUGGGCCCCCCGCUGGAGGGCCCAGAGCACCAGGCACCCCUCACCUAUUUCCCGUGGCCUCAGCCCCUUUCCACGCUACCCACCUCCACCCUGCAGUACCAGCCUCCGGCCCCAGCCCUGCCCGGGCCCCAGUUUGUCCAGCUCCCCAUCUCUAUCCCAGAGCCAGUCCUUCAGGAGAUGGAAGACCCCAGGAGAGCCGCCAGCUCACUGACCAUCGACAAGCUGAUUUUGGAGGAAGAGGAUAGCGACGCCUACGCGCUCAACCACACUCUCUCUGUGGAAGGCUUUUAGGGGUGGCUCCCACCUGAGUCCUGUUCCCUGAAACUGGGAUUUUAAAAUGAGCCUGGAAUUGAGCCCCAGGUUCAUGCCUGUUUGGAGUAGCCAUGUUAUAACUACACUUUCUACCCACAGCUAGAAUUGUAGACCUGUAAACCUUCCUUCCCUUCUUCCUUCCCCUCCCUCCCUCACUUCCUCCCUCUCCCCCCUCCUUCCCUUCUUCCCCUCCCUCCCUCCCUCCCUUCCUUUUCCUCCCUGUCUUCCCUUCUCCCUUUCCUUUUUCCUUUCCCUGCCUCCCUCGCUGCUUCUCUCUUUCUUAUUUCUUUUUCGAUUCUGUUCUAUUUUGGGAGGUAAUCAUAGGGAUUUUAGUGAUAAUAUUUUAUGUCAAAUGUUGCCAAGUCUGUGGUCCAGGGGCUUUCAUUUUUGUCACAUUUCAUUUCUUGGAAAAGGCCCCCCUUCUCCAGUGCCUGCCGACUCAUCUUAGAGCCACUCACAGCCUCUGUCAUUUUGAGCUGUAUGCAGUGGCCGGUGGGAAGACCAGCCCGGGCAGCACCUCCUGAGAAAGGCAGCCAAGGGCCCACCCUCAUGCCCGUCCUUGAGCUGUCAGUUCCCACAGUUGCUCCUUUGUUUGCUCUUCUCAGCACUGGCCAGAUUUAUAGUCUGGGUAGCAAAAUCUCAAGGCCUGGGGUUCAGUGUAGUGAGGGGUGGGGAGUGGGUGGGA